AUGAAAGACUCGCUGUACGACCGUCUCUGGCGCCGAGAAUGCGGGGACCUGUCGCCUUUUGCCUCGCUCCGCGGCAUUUACGGCUCCAAGGAAUGGAUCGACGAUCUUGACAUCGUUAACGAAUUGGGCGGUCACACGGGCUGCGUGAAUGCUCUUAGUUGGUCCAAGUCCGGACGUCUCUUGGCUUCUGGCUCGGAUGACCAGCACCUGAAUAUCUAUUCAUACCAACCCGACUCCUCGGAUGCUCAGUUCUCGUUGAACACCACCAUCGCCACUGGCCACAAAGCCAACAUCUUCUCCGUCAAGUUCAUGCCACACUCGAAUGACCGCACCCUGAUAACCUGCGCGGGCGAUUCGCAAGUGCGUGUCUUCGACAUCGAAUACUCCAGCGCCAACGGCAAUAUCGCUUCCACUUCGGCAUUUGCAGCCUCGGCUCGAAGUCGGCGCUUUAAUAACUUUUUUGAAGGCACGCGAUAUCUAAGUGAGGGCAAUACCAAUGCCAGGGUUUACCGCAGUCAUGCCGAUCGCGUAAAGCGCAUCGUCACUGAGUCAUCGCCACAUCUGUUCCUAACUUGCUCUGAAGAUGGAGAAGUCCGACAGUGGGAUCUUCGUCAGCCCUCGGAGGCUUAUCCUCCACCCCGGGGGGGUCAGGGCUUCAUGGCAUAUCGACCCGGAUUAGAGCAUGACGAUUCGAAUGUCCCGCCUCCGCUCAUAUCCUACAAGAAGUUCCGCCUCGAUCUCAACACGAUAUCCUGCUCUCCCAGUCAACCGCACUAUAUCGCCCUAGGUGGCGCUCACAUGCACUGCUUCUUGCAUGACCGACGUAUGCUUGGCCGAGAUCUUAUGGCCGAAAGCGGUAGCCCGGGUUUAUCAACAUCAAGUGCUGCCAGUUUCGACGAUGAGCUGAUGGGCAAAGCGACCCGAUGCGUUCGGCGUUUUGCUCCCCGGGGUAAACGUCGCCUGAAGCACCUUGAUGACGGCCACAUCACCGCCUGCAAAAUCAGUGAUGCAAAUCCGGAUGAGAUGGUCGUCAGUUGGUCUGGCGAUCACAUCUACAGCUUUGAUCUGAUCCGAAGCCCAGAUGCACGGGAUGUUUCACCUGAAUUGCCUUCUGCAUCGAAGAAAGCAAAUCGUCAUAAAACUGACGCCCAGAGCCGAAAGCGCAAGCGUCCUAAGCCUGCUUCGAUGUCGUCCCAGGAAAGUGGUGACCGACAUCAACCUCAACAGCGCUCCGGAGAACCAGAUGCUUUCAGAGUCACCUAUGAGAAUGGUGAAUCUGAGGACGUUCUCUUCCCGACGAUGACCGAUAGUGAUGAGCUGGGCAUGGUUCAGCGCGCGAGGUAUUCUGUGCUGAAUGAGGUUCAGCGAUUGAGCAUGCGGAUCGCAAAGGGUCUGGUCAAGCUUCGCCAGGCGCUGUUCUCACUGGAAGUAACUGCACGAGAAGUUACCGAGGCCGAGCAAUCGAGUCUCACGCCCUACUCGGGAGCCUUUGCCUCUGUCUUGUCGCUGGCGUCGAUAUGGCUACCCCAGAUGGAUGAAGUCAUGCGCGAGUGGCAUUAUCCGAUGAACCCAUCGAGUGAUACUGUGACUUUCCAACAAGCACUUCGUCACAACCGCCAGGCGUCGUGGCGAUUCGUUCAGGCUGCUGGCACCCUUGCCCGUGCUUUGCAUGAUGAUGCCUCAGAGGAAUCUGCGUCCAAUGCGGUCAUUGAUUUUGUACAAAUUAUCCCCGCGCCGAACGAGGACGACUCUAUCGAUUCUGAAUCUCAAUUUGGAUAUGACUUUCUCAAGGCAAUCCUGCUUUGGAUUCAGGGUGGCAGGCAAGAAUUACUUAAUGGCUUCAAGCGUGGUAACCAUUCAAGACGUGUUGAAGGACGGUUCCCCAUCCCUGCCGAAGCCACCGAUGAUGCAAUUAAUACUAUCCUUAUCCCUUACCUUCAGGGCCUUGCCAAAGACAAACCAAUCAUCAACGUGGACGCCUCUCGCUUCGAGCAUGAUUCCACGCGAAUCCUGUUCCAGACUCAAGUCGCAGCGGUGACUGCGUUUGGAAAUGCAGUGCGGUUGCCACUGGAGGACUUGGGAACUACAGCUGCUCGGAUUGAUCGCCGCCGCGUUUCUAAUCCGUCUUCGCAAGUUCGGUCGUUGGAUCGAGCAUCUGCUACUCGGUUCUGGGUCUUGCGGGUGGGUCGGGGCAUUCUCAUGGAAGCCGGGAGUGGAGUCAACUAUUCCUUCGUUAAUCGGGCCUUUGGCGGAAUCUAUACGACUAUCGAUGAAUCGGCUAGCGACGAGGACCUGGAGAGAGUCCAGGAUGAUAUUGAUCCUACUGUGGAGGAAGAGCAGGUGAAGGCGAUCGAAGUCGUCAGGACUGGUCGUUCUGGUCCGAUUCCCCCACCUGAAGGAACCGCGGCGACCCCUGUUAGGGCACCGGACUCUGAAGCUUCCGAAGCAGAAGACUCUGAUGAGAGUGACGUUGAGGACGCAGAAAGCGACGAAGGCGAAGAGGAAGCAGAUGGCUGGCAUUUGGGCCUAGGAGACUCCUCGGAGGACGAAGGCGAUGGCGAAUCUUGGGAUGAGGACGGCGAAGAGCCGCUGUUUAUCCGUGGUACAACGCGCAAGUCCCACCGGGGAGGUAUCGAGUCCAAUACGCCCGUCUCUGCUCACACGAGGGUCUACCGUGGACAUUGUAAUAUCAAGACCGUCAAAGAUGUCAAUUUCUUCGGCCUAAACGAUGAAUACGUUGUCAGCGGGAGUGAUUCGGGGCAUCUUUUCAUAUGGGAUCGCAAAACGACGAACCUGGUGAAUAUUCUGGAGGGUGAUAGUGAGGUCGUCAACGUUGUCCAAGGUCAUCCUUACGAACCCACUAUCGCCGCCUCUGGAAUUGACAACACUAUCAAGAUCUUCUCCCCCGAUCGUCACGCCCAAGAUCUCGCCCACCGUGGCAUCAAUAUCCUGGAUCCCGACAAUCCAGUCAACCUUGCUGGACCUGCUGUGCGUAAUCUGGGCGGACUCGAGAGCCGCAAGCGCAUUCACGACAGCUACCGCAUCAUGAGCCAGAACGAUGUCGAUCGUCGCGGCGGCAUGAGUGAAGCCUACAUAACAAGAAGUAUGCUGGCGCGUCUUGCUGCUACGCUCCGUGGUGGACAGGCUGGAACUGGUGGCCUCGCUGCGGGUAUGGCUCCGGGCGAGGGGGCUACUGUUGUCCUCGAUGAUAAUUGCCUUGUUUGUUUCUCCUUCCAGCACCAUGGAGAAUCUGUGGAUGAGAAGCUAACGGAUGAAACAGGUGAUGUGAUACAUACCUCGCGACAGUGA